AUGCCGGCGACGACUGCAUCAAGACGCCACGCCCUCGCAUCCAGCUACUGCUCCUCCAUUGACGAUGCUGAGCAGCGCGUCUGCCUUCUUUCUCGCGUACACCACCAGGACUCUCGGCAUCACCGUCGGCGCAGCAUGUCGACCAACUUCCGUGACCGGGCCAUCGCCGAGGUCCAGAAAGCUAUUACCGCCGACUAUGCCAAAGAAUACCAGAGCGCCUUCGAUCUCUACAUGUCCGGCAUGGAGAUGUGGAUUAAAACCCUCAAGUGGGAGAAAAGCAGGGCACUCAAGACAAUCAUGCAAGAGAAGAUGGCAAUGUAUCUCGGUCGCGCCGAAAAUAUCAAACAGUUUCUACAAUCCGAGGCCGAUAACAACGCCAACCGAGGCAAAUCGCGUAUGGGAGCAAAUGGCGCGGCCACUGGCACAAGCAAGGCAGAACUUCAAGAUGACGAAAGCAAGAAACUCAGAAAUGCCUUGUCGGGUGCCAUCUUGCAUGAGAGGCCAAACGUUCGGUGGGAAGACAUCGCAGGCUUGGAAAGCGCAAAGGAAACUCUCAAGGAAGCCGUUAUAUUGCCCAUAAAAUUCCCCAACUUGUUCCAGGGGAAACGCCAGGCGUGGAAGGGUAUUCUGCUCUACGGUCCCCCUGGUACCGGCAAAAGCUAUCUCGCCAAGGCUGUGGCAACGGAGGCCAACAGUACAUUCUUCAGUGUCAGCAGCUCAGACUUGUCAGUUUUGUGCAGACUCGUCAAGGCUCUUUUCUCCGUGGCAAGAGAAAACAAGCCGUCGGUAAUAUUUAUAGACGAAAUUGACGCCCUCUGCGGUCCCCGUGGCGAAGGUGAAUCUGAAGCUUCAAGACGUAUCAAGACCGAGAUUCUUGUCCAGAUGGAUGGUGUGGGCAAUGACAGCAAAGGCAUUCUCGUUCUCGGCGCUACUAACAUUCCUUGGCAACUUGAUGCAGCCAUCCGUCGACGAUUCCAAAGACGUGUCCACAUUGGUCUUCCAGACCUCAACGGCCGAGCGAGAAUGUUCAAACUGGCUGUUGGUGACACUGAUACUGCCUUGCAGGCUAGUGAUUACACCGUCCUUGCCAACAAAUCGGAUGGAUUUUCUGGAAGUGAUAUUACCAACGUGGUCCAGCAUGCUCUGAUGCGUCCUGUCCGCAAGAUCCUGCGGGCAACUCACUUCAAGGUUGUUAUGAAAGACGGGAAGCAAAUGUUGACGCCGUGCUCACCAAGUGACCCAGAAAAGAUUGAGAUGACUUACAACGGUGUCAAUUCAGAUGAAAUAUUGGCGCCUGAUGUCGCACUGAAGGACUUCGAGAUGGCACUAGAAGAUUCACAUCCUGCGGUGUCUAAAGAGGAUGUUGCGAAGCAAAUCAAUUGGACCAACCAGUUCGGAAGCGAAGGUGCCUGA